AUGAGACGAUGUCCACAUAGUCUCAUUGAUGAUGAUGAUGAUUCUCAAAUGGCGAAUCAAAGGGAGCUGCUCGUAACUGCUUUUGAUACAAAGAUAACAAGAUCGUCUUGUCUGUGUCUUUUCUCCAUUCGCCUCUUCUUCGUUCUCAAAUUAUUGGUUAUCCUUGUUGUUAUUCCCUUUCUUUCAGCCGUUUUUUUUUUCUUCAUCAUUUUUCUUUAUUCAUUUUCUUUGUCAUUUAUGUUGUUGCUCUCUUUUUUAUUCGCCCCCACCUCUUUUUUAUUUCUUCUUCAUUACAUUGUUUUUUAUGUUCAUCCUCCUCGUCUUAAUUUUCUCUUUCUCAUUUUUCUUGUAAUUCUUGUUGUUUUCUUUAUCUUUACUCCUCCCCCACCUUCUUAUUCCUUCUUUGUCUUUUUUCUCUUUCUUCCUGCACGCGCUCAUUUUUUUUUUCCUUAUUUGAUUGUUUCUUUUUUUCUUUUUCUAUCUCUUUUUUUCCUGUUUUUUUUUUUUCGAUUUCUUCUUUUGUUCUUUUCUUCUCUAUUCCUCUUCUUGUUACUCGUCGUCUUUCUUCUUAUUCUAGCUUUCCUCUUCCUCCUCCCUUUUCCCUCUCCUUUUUCUCUUUUCCUUUCCCCUUUCCUUCUCUUCCACUUUCCUUUCCUUCUUCCUCCAUAA